CUACCUCUUGGCUGGCGUGACCCUGUUGGGUUUUUGGGCAACAUCCGCGCGGAAAUCCCCAUCGAAUCCGAAUCGACUUCCUCUUCCUCCGGGACCCAAGGGAUACCCAGUUGUAGGCAACCUGUUUGAUAUGCCUAAGGAGAAAGCGUGGUUACUUUACAAGCGGUGGCAUCAAUCAUACGGACAUGGUUUACUUUGAAAUCCUCGGCCAGCCAAUUCUCAUCUUGGGGUCGUUAAAGAGGACAAACGAUCUAUUCGAAAAGAGAUCAUCCAAUUAUUCCAGCAGGACCCAAAAGCUUCUCAUGCUUCUCGAUUUGUGAGUUACCUGCGCAUCUGAGCCAAUACUCAAGCCUUCAUUUAUUACGAUAAAAUUAAAUCUUUCUAAGAAUGGGAACUGGAUGGGCACUCGUAUUCAUGCCGUAUGGAGCAACUUGGCGGAGAUACCGCAAGGCAUUCCACGAACACUUCCACCCCAACAUCGUACCCAAAUACCAACCCAUCCAAGCCAAAUCAGCCAACACUUUCCUCCGUCGACUCUUAGCUUCACCUGACGAUUUCAUGGACCACAUCCGACACUACUUUGCAGGUAGCAUCAUGGAAAUCUCCUACGGAAUGGCCAUUCUAGAACACAACGAUCCCUACGUAUCGGUCGCUAAGAAAGCCGUUGAAGGUGUCUCUGAAGCCGGAGUUCCAGGAGCCUUCUUGGUCGACCUACUUCCCGUGUUGAAAUACAUCCCCAGUUGGUUCCCUGGUGCUGGAUUUAAGAGAAAGGCAGCUAGGUGGAGAGCGUUAAUUUCUGAAACGUUGGAGAGGCCGUAUGACAGGGUUAAAAGGGAAUUGGAAGCAGGAAAUGCUCGACCAUCUAUACUUCAAUCUAUGAUAUCAAACUUACCCGACGAAAGCGAUCCAAGGCGGGCAGAAGCAGAGGCGCAGGCGAAAGCCGUAACAGCAGUGGCAUACGCUGGUGGCUCGGAUACGAGCGUCGCUGCCGUUCAAGCAUUCUUUUUGGCGAUGGCAAUGCAUCCAGACGUACAGCGCAAAGUGCAAGCGGAGAUCGACGCUGUUGUUGGUCAAGAUCGGCUUCCGGAUUUUGGUGACCGAGCGAAGCUGCCCUAUGUGAAUGCUAUUGUUAAGGAAACUCUGCGGUGGCAUUUUAUUACCCCCCUGGGUAUACCCCAUAUGUCUACGGAAGACGACGAAUAUGAUGGCUAUUUCAUUCCGAAGGGCACCCUUGUUAUAGGAAACAUAUGGGCCCUCAUGCACGAUCCAGACGCCUUCGUGGAUCCAUUCAAAUACAAACCUGAACGAUACCUCAACCUCAAAGAUGCCAAUGUCCAUUUGGAAACUACAGUUCGGAGUCCUGAAGCUGCUGUUUUUGGGUUUGGGCGUCGAAUAUGUCCAGGGAGACACUUCCUUGAUGCAUCCCUCUACGUAGCUGUAUCCAACGUCCUGGCAGUUUACAAUAUCAAGCCACCCACCGAUGAUGCGGGGAAUGAGGUGAAGCUUAGGGAGGAGGUUAUAGGUGGGAUGUUAUCGUCAGUCGAUUUCCUUUAUUUGAGGUCAAGCUCGGAGCUUUUUGACUGA